CCUGUUAAAACACAUCUUAGUUGAAAGGCUUGACAAUUUCGUAAGCUACUGCAAACGACCUUUGAGAUCUAACCUCUCACUUGCAUACCAACUACUGAUAAUGGUUAUGAACGGGAGUUCACUAACUACGCUGCAAAAAUUCUAAGUCCAAGUGAGAUGUUGUCCUUCAUUUCCUGGUUUGUACCAAGUUUACCUACUUGGCUAACACCCGAUACAAAUCUUCUGGAAUGUAUUUUACAAGGACUUGUAGGUGCAUGUGGGAUCUCAAUUCUUUGCAAUCUCUUAAGGGUUCACUUGAUCAUUGAAGCACAGAGUAUUGCAGACAGCAAAGAUGCCUUUAAAGAUAAGAGUAGCCCUAAUGGUGGUCUAACGGGGAGAAUCCAGUUCUGGAUCUUAACCGUGAUUCUCGCCUUUGUGGGUUCUCGAGUUGCAGCACUAGUAGUUCUUGAAUUUGCCCUUCGAGCGGUCUCAUCACGUCUCACAGCUGUACCGGACCCACUGAGUGAUUCUUUACUGCAGAUGCUGGUCCAGUGCCAGUUCUCCUUAGGUUGUGCAUUCAACUGUAGUCUUAAUUUUCUCCAUCAGGGGGCACCACAUGGCUGGCUUAGCAUCCUCAUUGCUGCAGGACUGAGUUGGUUUUUGGCUAGCCAGUGUUCCAAAUUAUGCCACCAUGUAAUGGCAAUGUACCCAAUACACAGCACCCAACGCUACUGUGGUGUCUGUAUUGGGCUCCUGACUACUGGAUCCUCCAUAUUACCUUUUGUUUGCAGUGUCUUAAUUUUAACCUUUAGUGUUGCGGGUUUUGCUGCCAUAUCAAGCAUCAACCAGUAUUUUCUGUCAACUGCUGAGGCCUUACGAUUCUGGACACCACUUACAAUCUGUUACACUCUUUUGACUGUCUAUAUGCAUGAAGAUCAGGAUCAACAGUCUGGUGGACAGGCUUUAUUCAACACAGUGAUGGUGCGGCUGGGUGGCCUACUAGUUUUAAUGCUGACGUUGGGAAGCUGGGUAGAUGUUCUCCACACUUUAGUGUGCUUCAUCGGAGAGGCAGCGUGUCUUUUACCAGCUCAAGACCUAUUGAAUGGCACAUUUAAGAGUGUUGCAGAUGUUCACAAAAAUGACAAGAGAAGACUGAAAUGAAAUGAAAUGAAAUCCCGGAGUCAUUGAAUAUAUGCAGAGAUCGCAUUAAUGACUGUUAAUCAACAAUUGCAUUGCUAGUUGUUCCAAUGGCAGCAAUGAAAUUAGGAACCUUAAAGAAAAAGAACUGACCUACACUCUCUGAACUUUAGAACGCCAUGGAAUUAAUGUUAUGAUUUAAAGAUCUACUUUUCCAUAUAUAAACUGGCUCCUCCU